AUGUUGGAGAAAAAGCCUGAAAUAAUAAAUUUUGCUGAUAUGGACUUUAGCAAUCCUCUAGUUUUGAAAAAUUCACCAUUUCGGUUUCGAAGAAUUCCAGUAAUUGUAACUAUAGCGAACUCCGAAAUAACUGAAGUUGAUGUACAAAAGAUGUUAGAAGCAGGUAUGAACGUAGCCAAGUUCAAAUUGUCAAGCAGCAGCAGAGGGGAUAAGAUUCGAUUACUUGCUAAAUUAGAAAAAGCAAUUUUAGCAUGCUGUGCUAAAUACAGCGUCACGCAUUGGCCUAUAGCAACGUGUAUAGAAUUGAAAACUUGUAUCGUAAAGACUGGAUUGUUAGAUGGAGCAGGUAAGCCGUUUUAUAUAUCCGGUGGUUUAUUCGAAAACGCUCUCAAAAGCGGAAAUUUCAUUGAUUGUGAAAUAUCAGACGUUACCAAUGCACUUAUAGAUGGCGCUAGUGGCCUAAUAUUAAAGGAUUGCUAUGAUACCGAAUUCACAAUAGAAGUUUUAAAAGGGUUAAAUGAACUAUGCUAUACCGUUGAGCCAUUGGUGAUAAGUAAAACGAAUUUUAGAAAUGUAGUUGAUAAGAUUCAAGUUCCUGUAAACGCAGCUGAGGCAACAGUUAUAUCGUGCGCGACCAUCGCUAAUCAGACUAACGCUCGAGUGAUAAUAGUGCCAACGUACGAUGCAAUGGAUCUUCCUGGACAGCAACUGCCCGCUUCAUAUGCGUAUACUUCUUUAGACCAUAUUUUAAAUCUUGACGUUAAAGCACCAGCUGCAUGUCAGCGUUUGACUGGAAUUAUUGCAACCAUGGGCAAAUCAACAAACGACAUCGAUAUAAUGGAAAAAAUGAUGUCGGCUGGUAUGAAUAUUGCUUUAUUGAACUUAUCAUUCGGUAACAGAGAGGUGCUUGUAGAGACUAUUAAAAUGCUUCGUGAAGCUGCCAAAAAUUUAAGUAUCAAAUUGGAGAAAAACUAUCCCUUAGCUAUAGCUGCAAAAUUACCGGGAAAGAAAAUCCGAACCGGCUGUAUUGCUGAAUCGUAUGGCGGUACGGUGGAACUUAUCGCAGGCGAAGUAGUCCGCUUAACAACAGACGAAACCUAUAAAGACAGGUGUUCAACUUACACCGUGUAUGUUGACUUCAUUCACUUUGCCGAACAAAUGAGCAAGGGUAAUUACGUUUUGUUAGACAAUGAGACUAUUCAGCUUAAAGUUGAAAUGAUAUCCUCAACGACCUUAACAUGCAAAAUUGAAAGAGGAGGACUACUUGGAUCCAACAAAGAUGUCUUUGUGCCCAACGUAAAUUUUGAUAUGCCAAACUAUAGUGAGACUGACAAAAUGUUUAUAAAUAUGGCUGUGCAAAAUCAGUUGGACAUUCUUGUCGCGUCGUUCGUAAACUCGGCUAAUGCUAUUACCGAGCUCAGGCAUUUAAUGGGAGAGAAGGGAAAGAAAAUAGCUAUUGUCGCCAACAUACAAACUGUCGAAGGUUUUCGCAACUUCGAUGACAUUCUGUCAAUUGCUAAUGGCAUUAUGUUUACGCGACAAGAGCUAGGAUCGGAUAUAACGCCUAAAAAAUUAGUAAUAGCUCAAAAAAAUAUAAUUGCGAGAGCUAAUAAGGCCAACGUACCAAUUUGUGUAAGCGCUCAUCUUUUAAGCAAUAUGCGUUAUAAUGAAAUUCCACUUAGAUCUGAAUUACUUGAUAUUGCUAACUGUGUCCUUGACGGUGCCGAUGCCCUCGUGCUAUCAGCCGAAACUGCAGUAGGUCUACAUCCAGUGGAGACUGUUGCAUGCAUGGCCUCCACGUGCAAGGAAGCAGAAGCGUGUAUGUGGACCAAACAAGUCUUUUACGACUUCAUUGAUAAGACAAAUUUGCCAUGUGACCAAAUAACUGGGACCGCUCUCGCUGCGGCGAUGGCGGCGCAUCGAUCUUUGGCCGCGGCAAUUAUCGUAGUGACUACGUCCGGGAAAUCAGCUCAAGUCAUAGCCAAGUACAGACCUCGGUGUCCAAUCAUCGCACUUACCAGAUACGGGGCAAUAGCUCGCCAGCUUCAUCUGUGGAGGGGCAUCAUUCCUUUAAUCUAUGAAUCCGAACCGGCUAUGGACUGGCAGACGGACCUACAAAGCCGCGUCAAUUUUUGCACUAAGUGGGCGAUGGAGCAAGGAUUUAUUAGAAUCGGAGAUCCUAUAAUAUUGGUUUCCGGUUGGAGACAAGGAUCCGGUUUCACAAACACCAUGAGGUUUAUUUACGCCACUGCAGACAUGGCUAAU